UGCGGUGCGGUGCGGUGCGGUGCGCGGGGCCGGGCGCGGGGCCGGGCGGGUGCGGAGCGCUGCCCCGCCGCGCCCGGCGGACAUGAAGCAGCAUGAGGAUGUGUGAGCGCGGCGUCCAGAUGCUCAUCACCACCGUGGGAGCCUUCGCCGCCUUCAGCCUCAUGACCAUCGCGGUGGGCACGGACUACUGGCUCUACUCGCGCGGCGUCUGCCGGACCAAGGCCACGGGCGACAAUGAGACGAGCCGCAAGAACGAGGAGGUGAUGACCCACUCGGGCUUGUGGCGGACGUGCUGCCUGGAAGGGACUUUCCGCGGGAUGUGCAAGAAGAUCGACCACUUCCCCGAAGACGCGGACUACGAGCAGGACACGGCCGAGUACCUCCUCCGGGCUGUCCGAGCAUCCAGCAUCUUCCCCAUCCUGAGCGUGGGCUUGCUGUUCUUCGGGGGCCUGUGCGUGGCGGCCAGCGAGUUCUACAAGAGCAAGCACAACGUCAUCCUCAGCGCCGGGAUCUUCUUCGUGUCGGCAGGGCUCAGUAACAUCAUCGGGAUCAUCGUCUACAUCUCCGCCAAUGCGGGCGACCCCGGGCAGAGCGACUCCAAGAAGAGCUACUCGUACGGCUGGUCCUUCUACUUCGGCGCCUUGUCCUUCAUCAUCGCGGAGAUGGUGGGAGUGAUCGCCGUGCACAUGUACAUCGAGAAGCAUCGCCAGAUCCGGGCCAAGUCCCACUCGGAGCUGCUGAAGAAGUCGGCCUUCACGCGCCUCCCCACCUACCGGUACCGUUUCCGCCGGCGGUCCAGCUCCCGCUCCACGGAGCCUCGCUCCAGGGACUUGUCUCCCGUCAGCAAAGGCUUCAACACCAUCCCCUCCACCGACAUCUCCAUGUUCACCCUCUCGCGGGAUCCGUCCAAGGUGACCAUAGGGACACUGCUCAACUCGGAGCGGGACCACGGGUUUUUACAGGUCCAUAACUCCAUCCCCAAAGAGUUCAAGGAGUCGCUGCACAACAACCCGGCCAACCGACGAACCACGCCGGUCUGAGCCCAGCGCCGGGGACCUGUACAGAGGUGUGUUGUCGGCUGCAUGACAUGAUCCUAGUGACGGUGUAACCAGUGAAACCCUGUUUUUAAAGAACAAACCCACGUGGCUCCCCGCGCCCCUGCCCCGGACGUGGCUGGGUUUUUAUCCCCCGAAACGUCGCUCGCCAAGCCAGGCCGCUGUGUUUAUGGUUGAACUGUGUUUGGGCCCCGCGAUCCCUCUCCUUUGCCUUCUCCUCGGGGAAAGGGGCAUUGGCUUUGCCGUGGCUCGCUGGAGCAAGGCCCCCCAGGACUGGCGGGGGCUUUCCACAACCGUUUGGGACCACGACUCCUUGACGCUGCCAGUGUUAAUGUCGAUAACAACAGUCACCGUGUUACCUUAGCUGUGUGUCCCAAUGGAAACGCUGGAGACAGCCCCAUUUGUGAGCAUCAUUCAUCCAGUACUUACAUUUAUGCGAAAUGACCUAGCAGCCCCGAGUACGGCGCGCCGGGCGGGCGGUCUUCAGACCAUUUGCCUCGUUGUAAUGGGUGCAGUGCUCGGGCUGGGGUUUCUUUCUGGCAUUUCAUGCAUGCAUUAAAUAGCUUGGAGUCCGA